UCUAGGUCCUGUAGUUCUCUCCAAAUGAUUCUAGUGGUUGUUGCCACGCUUCUCCUGGGAGUGGGCUGUUCUCCAGCACAACAACAGACGUACAAUGCAUUAAGUUUUGGGGAUGGUCAGGAUGACAAAAUACAAUGGUACCCAGACAUGAGCCCAUUUGCAACACAAAUGUCAAUUUGCACCUGGAUUAAGAGGCGAAGUGAGACGACCAGAUCACCUGUUGCACUAGAUUACUACCUCGCCAGUCAGCAUGGAAUUUAUUUAGAAGCUGAUGAAAACUGGAACGAGGUAGUCGAAAGUAAUCUCAAUCUGGAUGGUAAAUUCAAGGCCCCAGCAAAUGAGUGGUUUCAUUUCUGCUUGACAUGGGGAGACUACAUUCUCAGAGCUUACUUCAACGGCCAGGAAGUUGGGUCUACAAGCACGAAUAGGAGACAAAUAGAGACAGGAGGUAAAAUGAGUAUGGGGAAUAGAGCUGAUGAGAUGGUGGAGUCGAGGUUCAUUUUUGGCGGAGACGUGUUCAAGAUGAACAUUUUCAACAGGGUACUCACUUCUACAGAGAUAAGAGCAAUGGCCUCUGACAUGUGUUCUGAGGAGGAGGAGAUACUCAACUCAAAUAGACUUAUCAAGUGGGAGGAUAUAAUGUCGCAACAGAGAACUGGAAAUGUGGUUGAGAUCCCUACAAACUGCCCCGUAGUUCCUCACACCAAAGAAAGACUGAGACUGAUUGAAGAAAGGCUUAACACAGCAGAACAAGAGUUGAAAGAAACCAAGACUUCCCUCACCAACACCCAGGAGGAGCUGCAAAGCACCAAACAGGAGCUGACAGAAACUAAGCGUAGUUUGAAGUGUCACGAGGACACGCUACAGAGACACUUUAGAUACAGACCUGUAUGUGAUGAUGAAAGCGAGGAAGACACGAUUUGUCUGAACACAAGGAACUAAAAGCUGCAAUUAUCACUGGGGGUCAUGCUUCACUGUGCGGACAUCAACGUGUGUGGGAUUCUAGACGUUACUAUAAAUAAUUACUAUUAUCUUUCUAAAUAACUUAAGUAAUAAUCAGCACUAUUUUCUCGUCACUUAUUUUUUUUUUCUUUUUGGGAUUCAAUAUUAUUAUAUAAUUUCUUAAUUAUAUCAUUAUAUAAGUGUAAUUUCUUUUUUCUUCGCUUAAA